AUGGCCGAAGUACUUACUGGCAUUGCCGUCGCAACCGAGUCCCUCACCCUCUGCAUCAAGGCCGUCGUUGUCCUGAAAAGAUUCUAUGUGACGGUCAAAGAGGCAAGAGAGGAUCUCAACAAGAUCCUCAAUCUGGUCGGACGAACAAGAAAUCGCAUCGAACUAAUGAAGAUGACGCUCAUCGAGCUUCGGAAGUCAACUGACUCCGGUAUUGCUGCAAGUUUUAUCACUGCCUGUGAUGGACUCAACCGAACUCUGGAAGAGCUGGUCCAAGAGGCAUCGACCAUUGCCAACGGUCAAUCUCGGUUUGGUAUUGCGAGACGGUUCCACUCAAGAGUUGAGGAGCUUGUUCGCAAGCUGGCGGAACAGGAGAAGGAGGUUACCAACUCGUAUAUGAUGCUCAACUCGUUGACUUUUCUUCGAACCCAACAAGAGUUGCAGAAGCUCACAAGGUCAUCUGACGAACGGUCUGAGAUCACAAUCGCCUUUUGCCAGGGAUCGGAGGAGCGCCUCUCCGACGUCUCUACGUUACGGAACAGCUCAGAAGAGCCCGCAAGUAGGGUUCGGACCUGGCUUGGGCAUACCAUCACCGACCACCACUCUCCGGAAUAUCUCCAGUUACGGAACGAGCUAUCCGAAGCCGUGUACUGGGGUGACUGGGAAGUCGUCUUCAACAAGCUCGAGGAGGGGUUCCGGGCGUUUGGUGAGUUCUGGGGCAAUGCGCCACGCAUGAAAGAUCGAGCGCAGUACCACAACCUCUCAAUGUGGACUCCUCUCCACCAAGCAGUAUAUCAUCAUGCGCCAGUUCAUGUCGUUGAGAGAUUACUGGAAUAUGGAGCUUUCAAAACCCUCCGAACGAGGACCUCCGAGUUCGGCUACCCCAACUUGACCCCCCUCGAACUUGCUCACGAGAUGGCAGUCUUUCACCUCUAUGACAUUCUCAGCCCGGUAGUAAAGCGUCCUUUGCCAGCAGACACUCUGCAGAGAAUCGAGUACAAUUUCCAUCGCCUGAUUCGCAGUGAGGCAGGGCAGCGUGUUGAUGCAGAAAAGCUCAAUCUCCCUGUCCUCGAGGCCCUUACGGAGCUCGAUGGAGAAACUGUGUGGUUCCCGAUCAAGUUCGGAUACCCCGGUGCUGGAUACUUUCUCCAGCUAUUGGGUAGAGAGCUUCAGGUCAAAUCCGUAAACAUCCAGGGCAAGGCUUCCGAGGUCCUCUAUCGCGUUAUGGAAGACGACAUUUACGAGACUGACCAGAUCUUCAACUUUGCCGGAGACCUCAAGCAGGAGAAAGACAUUACUGAAGAAGAUACCGCAGGAUCCCUGCCCUUCAAGCUGGAGCUUUGA